GUGAAUUUUGCCGAUUUUGGGAAGAAAAAAAAAGUUUGGAAAGAGAAGGAAAAGCUGAUUUUCCGUGUUUAUACUUUUUUCUUCUGUCCUCACAAAAUAUGAAAAUUAUUGGAAAAUAUUAAAAACAGAGUUAAAAAGAAGAAUUAAUAAACACCACGCAAGAUGGAAAAUGUUUUGUUUUCGAAUUUAAAGAAGUUGUACGACACGGAAUUGUAUAGCUGUGUGAUUCCUGUGGCAAGUUUAUUAACAACAGUCUACCAAAAUGAUAGAUUAAUUGCAACUCCAGAACAAGAGUAUCAGGUUCUUCUAUUCCGUGGCGAUGCCUACUAUCAUGAGCGUAAAUUCCGAUUGGCAGCCACUCAUUUGCAUUCAGCGCUGACCAUGAGGAAGACACUGUUGCGAAGGAAAAAUCCAAGUUUUGAUUGGAUUGAGAAUACCUAUGAUCAGUUUACGGAUAUAGAAAUCAAAUAUCGUCUGGCUGUUUGCUAUCGUGAAUUAAAUGAUUCAAAUUUGGCAAUUUCGACAUUGCAAUCGAUUCCAACUAAAUCGAGACUUCCAAAAAUUAAUAUGCUUUUGGCUAAGCUACAACAUCGUCAAUCGAGGAAUCCAUCGGAGGCAAUUACAUCUUAUAAAGAUGUUUUGCGCGAUUGUCCGAUGGCAAUGGAGGCAAUUAGUUCGCUGUUGGAAAUUGGUGUGGAUGGAAUUGAAGUUAAUUCGUUGGUUGUGAAUGUAAGCUCGGCUCCAAAAAAUGUUGAAUGGUUAAGCUCGUGGAUCAAAGGUCACGCUCAAAUGUAUGUUCAUAAACAUCUGGACGCAUCGAAGACGUUCCUAUCAAUAAAUGACAAUACAAAACUCCAUCAAAACGAUCAUAUUUUAACACUAAUUGGAAAAGCACUAUAUUAUAAUGGACAUCAUGCACAAGCGCAACAAUAUCUGGAAACAGCAAACAUGAUAAGUCCUCAUAGCACAGAACAUAUAAUGCCACUUGCGGUUGUAUAUGAAAGAAAUAAUAACUUGCCAGAGUUGGAAAAGUUGGCAAGUCAACAGUCCAACAUCAAUGAAUUUGGUUCUGAAAAUUGGUUUGUAAUGGCAGAAAGCUUAUCGGCAAAUGGAAAAUAUGAAAAGGCUUCAUAUUUCACACAUAAAGCAAUAUCCGUUGACCCUACAAAUGUUGAAGCGUACCUUCUUCGUGGGAAAAUAUUCCUUCAGUUGAAGCGGUUUAAAGAGGCCAUACACUAUUAUCGAACUGUUCAGAGUUUGGCCAACUAUCGUUUUGAGAUAUACAAAGGCCUAGCUGGCUGUUAUAUUGGUUUAAAACGUCUGAAAGAUGCACAGACAAUAUGUGCCUUGGCUGCACGUUAUUUCAGAAACUGCCCAAGGAGUUAUGUGCUUCUUGCCAGUACUCUCCUGUACUCUUCAAACACGGUUACAAAACGACAAGCAAAGACCUUCAUCAAUCGAGCUUUGGAAAUAGAUCAGUACUACUUUCCCGCUGUUUCUGCUAUGGCAGAGAUCCUUCAAUCUGAAGGUGAAACACAAGAGGCGAUAAAAUUAUUAAAAAAACAGUCCGCUAGUUAUCCCAGUUGCAAGCUUUUCACAAUGCUGGGAGACAUUUUAAGCAGUGAAAAAGAUCUAGAUGGUGCCUUGGAGUACUAUACAAUUGCUUUAAGCAUGGAACCAACAAACCACCGAGCUUUGGAAGGUGUAAAUGCUCUUGGACAGGCAUCUGAAACUACAACAAAACAAGAUGAGUGUUCUUUAGCCACAACUUCACAGGAUGAAGAAUGGCCAAUUGAUUAUGAUGAACCCUCAAUUGAAGCAGUUGAAUUCUCAUCAACUGCGGCUGCCAAUCCCGAUGGAGAAUCAGAAAGUGAUCCAAUUUGGUCGGAUGUAGAUGCUGAACUGACAGCUUAAGCUUCAGCAUGUUUUGCUCAUUAAAUUACGAUAGUUAUUAAAACAAUACAUUUCAUUUAUUAUAAAUUUAAA